AUUGUUUCCCAAAUCAACCACCGGAAUGUGGUGAAGUUGAUGGGGUGCUGUUUGGAGACAGAAGUCCCUUCAUUGGUUUAUGAAUUCAUCCCAAAUGGGACUCUUUUCGGCCAUAUUCAUGAUCCCUCUCUUGAUUACAGAUUUUCUUGGGAAAUAAGGAUAAAAAUAGCAGUGGAAAUUGCCUGGGCGGUUGCAUAUUUGCACUCGGCUGCAUCAAUCCCAAUUGUUCAAAGAUAUAUAAAAAGUAUAAACAUAUUGCUGGAUCACACCUAUACUGCAAAACUGAUUGGUUUUCGGAGCUCAAGGUUGUUGUUGUUCGCUCUUGGUCAAUCUGAGCUCACUGCAAUGGUGCAAGGAACAUUGGGAUACGUGGAUACCGAAUAUUUUCAUACAAACCACUUGAGUGACAAAAGCGACGUCUACAGCUUUGGAGUCGUCCUGGCCGAAUUAAUAACAGGCCGCAAGCCUAUUUCUUCAGACGAACCCGAUGGAUAUAGAAGUCUAGCCACGUACUUUGUUUCUGCUAUUCAACAAGAUAGAUUACUACAAAUUCUUGACGAGAAUUUGGUAGAAGGGGAUUUAGUACAGCUGAAACGCAUUGCAGAACUUACAGAAUGGUGCCUGAGAGUAAAAUCAAAAGAGAGACCAAGUAUGAAGGUUGCAAUUGAGCUUGAAGCAUUGAGAUCAGUGGAGAAUCAUCAAUUGAGAGAUGAAGAUUUUAAUCACAGAGAAAUAAUGGAGAAAUUAUUUCAUCCUGCAACCCCUUCAAAUAUCAAUGGUGGAUAUCUUUUACAGCAUAAAAAACUCAGGGACUACUUAGCGAAUAAAAAUAUUAGAAUUUUUACUGUAGAAGACCUCCAAAGGGCGACAAACAACUAUGAUGAAGGAAAUAUAAUUGACCGGGGGCGUUAUGGAACAAUCUACAAGGGCAUUUUGCCUGAUUAUGGAGUGGUUGCUAUUAAGAAGUCAAUACAAAUUUAUCAACAGCAAAUUGAUAAGUUCAUCAAUGAACUCGAGAUUGCUUCCCAAAUCAACCACCAGAAUGUAGUGAAAACAUUGGGGUGCUGUUUAGGGACGGAAAUCCCUUUACUGGUUUAUGAGUUCAUCACAAACGGAACUCUUUUCAGCCAUAUUCAGAAUCCUUUUCUUGCUUCCGAUUUUUCAUGGGAAAUGAGGAUAAAAGUAGCAGCAGAAACUGUUGCAGCACUUGCAUAUUACAUAUGGUUCCAGCUAUUCACGGAGAUAUAA